CGGGGGUCGCCCAUUAAUACUGUGACCUGCUACCUUGUGGUUGUUUGGCAGAUUUGAGUUUGUUUCAUCCCGAUUUUCAACCUUUCUGUGUCAUCUUGGUAUUCUUAAGAAAACAGGAAAUCAUUCAAAGUGCCCCAUGGAUGACCAGUCCAGCUGGGUGUGGUCGCCCAUUGCCAGGGUGUACAACCCUCUGCGGGCAGGCAGUAUCGAUGGCACUGACCUGGACCCGCAUGACAGGGCAGUCAUCAGGGCCAUGGAUGCCAAGUACAGACCUAACAAACAGGUGAAGGGUGAUCCAAGAUGUACCCUGUUUGUGUCCAACCUCAACCCCAAGACUACAGAAGAUUCCUUGGAGAAAGUCUUCUCCAAAUUUGGCGACAUUGUCAGGAUCAGGCUGGUCCGAGACAUUGUGACAGGCUACUCCAAGAGAUAUGCCUUCAUCGAGUACACAGAUGAGAAAUCCAUGUGGCACGCUCACCGUAAGGCGUACAAGAUGGAACUUGAACAGUAUGAGGUCUUUGUUGAUGUGGAAAAUUCGCGGACACUAAAGGGAUGGAUCCCACGCAGACUAGGGGGUGGACUGGGGGGAAGUAAGGAGUCUGGACAGUUGAGGUUUGGUGGCAGAGCCAGACCAUUCAGAAAACCCAUAACAGUACAUACAGAGGGGAGGGUAAAGAGAUUGAAUGAAGAGCCAGAGGACAACAGAGAUCCGUAUGAAAGGAUGAGAGAGGAAAAAGAGAGGAGAGGAUAUGAAAGGGGGAGGGAUAGAAGUAGGGAGUAUGAGAGAUACAGAGACAGGCACGGGGACAGAGAUAGAUACAUGGAUAAAGAGAGGGAUAGAGGCAUGGAUAGAAGUGCAAAUGAUGAUAGGGUAAGGGGUAGGGAUAGGGACAGAGGUAGGGACAGGGAUAGAGAUAGGGACAGAAACAAGGAUAGAGAUAGGGACAGAGAAAGAUAUAGUGAAAAAGGAAAGAAGCGGGAUAGAAACAAAAGCGAGGAAAGAGAUGGAGAAAACAAGGCACAGUAGUAAAGAAAGAAAAGGAUGUGGAAGGAGGACUGGAGACAAAAAGUCCCAUUUGGUGGAAC